UGCGGCGAUUCUUUAAUUUCUUUCCUGUGGAAUCGUUAUUUGUCGUUUUCUUUGCGAGUCCCCGCAAACGCCCCGGAAGUCGCGACUUCUUUCACGAUCACGACCUCUCCCGAUCAUCACUUCUCCCCCAUCACAAGCUUCAUCCAGCAACCACAGGAUUCCCGUCAAGAUGAGCGUCGUCUACGAACCCCGUAAUUUCAUGCACGAUGGCUCUUAUCCUCCCAUCGGCGACCACGAUCACGACCAUGUCCUCGAUCAGACUGGGCAAUACCAGGCAUCCGACGUCCCGGACCUCGCCUCCUACAAUCCGGCGUCCUCGAUGCUCGGCGACGACCGGUCUCUGAUGCCGGACGGUCUUGACGAUGCAUCCGUUGGCGUCCCGGAUGCGACGCGACUCGAUCUUUCAGCGCCUCCAACUCUUGCGUCCCUUCCUUCGAGUCUUCCUCCGGCGCUUCCCGAGCCCCUGCCAUCAAACAACAAGGACGAGGGCGAGGCCUCGACUCCUACAUCGAGGGUUAAGUGCAUACCAAAGCCCGAACGCGAGGUGACGAAACAGCCCGAUGGAAAGUUCUACUGCACUUUUCCGGGAUGCACGGAAGAGACGCAAAUCUUCACCCGGAAAUGUGAAUGGAGCAAACACAUGGACAAACACGAGCGACCUUACCGAUGCGCUGUCGAGGGUUGCGAAAAGCUUCCCGGCUUCACAUACUCCGGCGGCCUCCUCCGCCACGAGCGCGAAGUUCACGGCAAGCACGGCGGCCCAAAGAACACGGUCAACUGUCCCCAUCCGAAUUGCAAGCGCCACACUGGAAAGGGCUUCUCGCGGCAAGAGAACCUUAAUGAGCAUCUCCGACGAGUACACACGAGCGACGGCUCCAGCACGGUCCAAGAAGACAUCCAAACCAAUAGUGACGGUGACAGUGACAAGGCCAUUGGAUUCGGUGCAGGAAACAAGCGGAAGCGCUCCCGAAAGGGAUCUGACGCUGGUCUGGACGAGCUGCGCGAGGAGAUCAAGCGCGUACGCAUGGAGAAUGAGGAGCUUCGCCAGCAACUCGACAGACAGGGCCAGCACAGCUUCGCCAUGAUGUCGCAGAUUGCGGAGCUUCAGGAUGCGCUGCGGACGAACCUCGAUCCGUCCGGGCUCGGCGCUCCCACCGCCACGAUGUUGUGACAAUCAGACGCAACGCCUGCGCCUCUUCCCGAAAGCGACAGCUUCCUCCCGAACUUCCCGUUACGGCGUUACGACCACACCACCACACCUUAAGUUAACACCCGGCGGCCACGACUCACACUUCAG